AUGUCCAAGUUAUUUAUAUGCAAUCUUUUGGUCUUUUUAUUACCGACUUUCGCUGUUGCCGAUGCGCAUACAGAAAGUACAGGAGAAGCAGGUGCUAUAACGACGGGAGAAUGUAGUUCUGGUAGUGAAUUUGAUGCAAGAACUUACAAUUUAGGGCUCCAUAUUGGCGCUUUAUUUAUCGUCCUUACUACAAGUUCAUUAGGAUCAUUCCUUCCUGUUAUGUCAAAGAAAUUUCCAAAGUUCAAAGUUCCUUCUUAUAUAUUUUUCUUUUGUAAACACUUUGGUACCGGGGUUAUUGUGGCCACUGCUUUUAUUCAUAUGCUACCAUCGUCAUUUGAAAUGUUAUCCAACAAAUGUUUGCCUGAAAUCUGGCAUAAUUAUUCAGCAUGGCCCGGAGCUAUCGCAAUGAUGGCAGCAACAUUUAUCUUCUUUAUUGAAUAUAUUGCUAUAAAUUUCACUCACAAUAUCGAACAAACCUUACCAACACAUAAGAAUGAACUUGAUUCAACCGCUACUAAUUCAGACGAAUCUACUUCCGAUGAGAAUAAAAAUCUCCAUUCUCAUCAUUCUCAUGCUCAUGCUCAUGGAACUUUGGUCUUGUUAACGAGUAAAUCUCAAACUAUUGGAAUCAUUGUUUUAGAAUUUGGUAUUUGUUUUCACUCAAUUAUUAUUGGAUUGGCUUUAUCUGUUGCGACCGGUUCAGAUUUUAUUUCACUUCUUGUCGCUUUGGUUUUCCAUCAGAUGUUCGAAGGACUUGGACUUGGAUCUAGAAUCGCUGAUCUUAAAUUUCCAAAAGGUAGUAUCAAACCAUGGUUGAUGUCCCUCGCCUAUGGUACAACAACUCCAUUUGGAAUCGCUAUUGGCUUAGGUGUACGCGAAACAUAUGAUCCUAAUUCAGCAACUGCGCUAAUUGUUCAAGGAGUUCUUGAUUCUAUCUCUGCUGGCAUCUUACUUUACGCAGCCUUAGUUGAAUUGAUCGCUAACGAUUUCAUUUACGAUUCAAAAUUCCGAGAGAAACCUACAAUUUAUCAAACUUCAGCAUUCAUUUUCCUCCUUCUAGGAGCAGGAAUCAUGGCUUUGAUCGGUAAGUAA